AUGAAACAGUUCAACUGGGGUUCUAUCUUUGACCCAAUUCUUCUUUCUUUAAGAAUGGUAGGACUGUGGCCAAGCUCUGAUUCAUACAAAGCCAACUCCUACACCCUCUACGCCUUUAUUUGCGUCCCUUUGUUCAUGCUUGCCAACACAUUUUUUCAAGCUAUCAACAUAUUCAUGGUUGAGAUGGACCUCAAAGCUCUAGCUGCGGCGCUUUUUGUGGCAGCUCAUGUCAUGGCAGUGGUCAAAAUCGCAGCUUUGUUAAUUCACCUGAAAACGCUGAAGAAACUUACAUCGCAUGUUAACCACCUGAAGCUUCAAGCCUGCGGUAACCGACAUGGGAAAGUCGUGGAAAUUAAUUUAAAAAUGUGGAUGAUGCUGUAUCGAGGUUUCCAAGUGGGGGUGUCUACCAUGGUGAUUUUUUGGUUGUGUAGGCCUUUUUUGGAUAACUCUUACAAAAAUUACGAGUUGCCAAUUUUUUCGUGGUAUCCCUUUGAUGUUAAGUCGACACCUUGGUACCAGUUUGCGUACAUCUACCAAAUUAUCAGUAUUAUUUUUAUGGCUAUUGCUAAUUUGAACCUGGAUUCUUUGUCCUUGUCGCUGAUGGUUUAUAUAGGAACACAGUGUGACAUUCUUUGCGAUAAUUUAAAAGCUAUUAGGAACUUGAGUGACUUGGUGCGAUGUAUUAAAUACCACAAAGCGGUGUUAAGGUUUGCAGUAGAUUUUAAUGUUUUUUUCAGCAACAUAAUACUGGGACAGUUUUUCACAAGUGUAGCCACCAUAGCGCUGGGUUUAUUUAAACUAACUUUGACGGUGCCUGGAAGUUCCGAAUUUUAUACACUUGUUGCCUUUUUCAAUAUGGGCACGUUUCAAAUUUUUUUGUACUGCUGGUUUGGUAACGAAGUUGAGCUGAAGAGCACUAAUAUUCCUGAAGCUGCUUUUCAAUCUGAAUGGAUCGGUGUUUCGCUGAAUUUUCAAAAGACGUUGUUAAUUUUUUUAACGAGAACGCAAAGGCAUAUUAGUAUAACUGCAUUCAAUCUGUUUCCCUUGUCACUGCAAACCUUCAUGACGGUGAGUUCCACAAGUGUGAGUGAAGCUUUUGCAAUUACCAAAUUACCCAUAGAUGCCGUUGUAGCACAAGCGGAGUUUGGGGCUCCUGGUCGUGGUUGUUCUCCCACCACGACGGUGAUUCUAUUCUGUCAGCAAGCACUGCCGCACAGCAGCCCUCUGUCACGAAGAAACGUGCCGUACGGGCAGACCGUUACGUUAUCUACCAAGGAAGCCAACUUCUACCAACCCUUUCACUAG